ACUGUAAACUAGAAACAGCACCUGCUACGAAGUUGCCUAUCCGCGUUUUGGAUGGCAAAUGGGAUCGGAUUCAAAUAUGUGAAAUGUCAUAUUGCGAACUCAGAGACGAGGUGAGAGGGUUGACGUUGUUAAGUGCGAAGUGAGCUCCUAUGGCAAACUCAGAGACAGUGACGAGCACCAGCAACACGGUAGGAGGUGAAUACCAGGUUUUCCUGAGUUUUAGAGGGCCUGAUACUCGUCUUUUAUUCACCAAUUUCCUCCACGAAGCCUUGGUAGGUGCCGGGAUUCGUGUUUUCAUCGAUGACGUAGGGCUUCAACCUGGUGAAAAAAUUAGCAACCUUCUGCAUGUGAUUGACAAUUGCAAGCUUUACAUACCCAUCUUCUCCAAAGAUUAUGCAUCAAGUCACUGGUGCCUUGACGAGCUUGUGAAAAUGGUGAAGAACACCUCUAAACAUAAAGAAGAUGGGAAAGAGAAGGUCAUAUUGCCCAUCUUCUAUGACGUGAAGCCCAAAGAUGUGAAGCUGCAAACACCGUUAUACAAGGAUGUCAUAUCGAAUUUGGAGCAAGAGAUAGAGAAUCAGGAGCAAAAGUUCAGCUCCGAGAAUAUAAAGACGUGGCGGGAGUCUCUCGUAGAAGUUGGUGGCAUCAAGGGAUGGGAGGUGGAGAAACAUUCAAGAAAUUCUGAUUCUUCUACCUGAUAUAAAUAUCAACAUUUCUCUUCUAUAUUUUUGAACUUGAUCGCAUCCCCACCCGGUUGGUUAGUAGAUGGUCAUAACAUCA